UGCAAGGGAAGAUAACUAUGCAUCAUACUAAUAUUAUUAUUUUAUGAUAGGAUUAAAACAGGUUACUGGCUGAGAAUGGUGCAGCUACUGAAGAUCUCGAGGGAGUCGCUGGUGACGGGUGUUGGGGUCGUCCUGCGCAUCCCUUCAGUGUUUCUGCUGGAGGCUUGGUACCGGACCAAUCCGCUGAAGGCCGUGCAGAUUCACACACGCGACGUGGAGAUCAUCGUCACAGUCGUCUACUACAUGGCCCUGCUGCUGGCCGUGGCUAUAGCUGGUUUGCCCAUCAAGAAGUUGGUGACCUUCUAUAUGUACCUCGUCAGCUGCCUGCUGCUCCUGGGUUCUUACUUCCUGUCGCGGUCGUUCAUCGAGGGUGAGAUCAGUGAGCGGCAGGAGGAGGGUGAGUCGUGGACCUCCCUGCUGGAGGAUCGCACGCGGGUGGAGCGCAUCUUCCUACACCUGGUGGCCCAGGGUUUCAUCGCGGCGGUCGUCGCAUACCUCGUCGAGAUGGUCAACUGGACGCGCUUCCUGCUGCUAGUGUUCACAUUGCCGGUGAUUGCCCGCGCCAUGGGGCUCCCCCUCGAGACGCUGCAGGUUCUGCACAACUUUGCUGCAGUCUUCACGACCCUCAUCCUCCUGCUGUACAUCCUCAACAACCUGGGCUACAUGAUUGACAACAUGAAGGACGUGAUAAACACAGGAGUCACAGCGCUGCGAACGUUCGGCGUCUUCCCAGUCGUUCUGUCGUUCUGGUACUCUGUGUGUCUUCCUGCGCAGCUCGUCCUCUUCUGGCUCAUCCUGCUGGGAGUGCAGUUCUUCUACUACAUGACGUCAGUGAGUCACCCCAUCCUGCAGGAGAGCUGGACGAUCAUCAUCCUCGCCAGCGUCGGAGAAUGCUGUGCCACACCCAUCAGUCUGUUUGCGCUAUGUGUGACGAUCACUUACGCCUCGUACAGUGUGAUUACAUUGACUCGAUUGUACCUGCAGGGAUUCGAAGCAUGGUCCCAGGACACGGACGUGGUGCGCGGCUGGACGGAGGGCUUCACGAUGCUGCUGAUCGCCCUCCAGACGGACCUACUCGAACUGCGACCUCUACAGCGCGCGUUCCUCAUGAGCAUCCUCUUCUUCAUCGUGGCAUCUGCCCUGAUCCAGUCCCUGUAUGAGGUCACGGAGCCCGUGCUGCUGGCGCUGAGUGCGUCCCACAACCGGAGUGCAUUCAAGCACGGCCGCGCCAUCGUUCUGUGCAUGCUGCUGUGGAUUGUGCCGCUGUACAUGACAUACACCAUCUGCCAGUACUUUGACCUCGACUUCUGGCUGCUAGUUAUCGUGUCGUCAUGCAUGCUCACCUCUGUGCAGGUCAUUGGCUCCCUCGUCGUCUACACUCUCUUCAUGUAUGACUCGAUGCGCUCGGAGCCCUGGGAGAAUCUCGACGACAUCAUCUACGUGGCCCGCUCCAUCACGCGCGUCAUGGAGUUUGUCGUCGCAGUCUUUGUCGUCUGCUACGGACUGAAGGAGUCGUUUUACGGCGAGUGGAGCUGGAUCAACUCGUCCAUCCUGGUGAUUCACUGCUACUUCAAUGUGUGGCAGAGACUUCAGAGCGGGUGGAAGAGCUUUCUGCUGAGACGCGAGGCCGUGAAGAAAGUCGAAUCCUUGCCAUCCGCGUCUGCCGAGCAGCUAAACUCCCUCAACGACGUGUGCGCAAUCUGCUAUAACGAGAUGAAGAAUGCACGCGUCACCCCCUGUGGACACUUCUUUCACAGCCUGUGUUUGCGGAAGUGGCUCUACGUGAAAGAGAGCUGCCCCAUGUGUCACCAGGAGAUUCACAACGGGAUCCGAGCGACUCCGUUAGUGACACCCAGUGAGGUGCACCGGGUUUCACAGAACAUACCACCAGCUCCAGAAGCAUCAGCAGACCGGAAUCAGGAGGCUCAUUCUCCAGACAAUGCCGGCGAUAAUCUGGGGAGCAGUGUGGCUCCUGACAGUGCCAGAAACACCUCAACAGAUGGCACUUACGUCUUCUGAUAAAGGCGGAUUCUCAGAGAUAAGAAAAAUAUUACGGAAAAAAUCAUGCAUGUCCAAAUUAGGACAGUGCUCAAUCUAGUUUCAAGUAAAUAAUUAUUGUGCUUUUGAAAUUAAAUAUCAUUAAGGGCUACGUCUAAUCAUCAACAUUUUUUCACCUGUACAAACUUUACUAUGGUGGUUUGUAAGGGUUAAUGCCAGUAUAAAUGUAAAAAUAAAACAUUGAUAACAAAAAAAGUCUGUUGAAAAAUUAAAAUUGUCUAUUUUAUGUUUCUAAGUGGAGGAAUGAGGUAGCAAAAAAUAAGAAUGUUUGUAGACUUGCGAAAAUGUUACGAAUUGUGAAUGGUCUUCUAAUGGUAUUUUGAUUUCUGUAAUUAUUCCGAAUUAUUCUCUGCAUCUAACAAAGGAAUUAUAUAUAGCAUUCCCUCCGUAGAAACAAAGUGUAACAUAUACUAGUUUUUAUAUGUACCUGAAGAAAGUGAUAUACACUGAACUGUAAUGAAAACACCACACCCAAUGUUCACUUGUUAUUGCUAUCGCAUGUGUUAAGUGGCUAUAAAGCACACAAUAACCCUAAGCUUUGUAUACAGUAUUUGAGUUAUUUGGUGCCUACCAGAAUACACCCAGUUAUACAAAUUCAUUUAAAUAUAAACAAUUCCACUUGUAUCCGUUUUACAACUACAAGUCUGACGUGUGUGGUUUCAGUGGAGUUCAGUGUGUGCUUGUUACAGUUGCCCUGUUCACUGGAUUCUCUUCACUAAACAGGACAACUGGAUGAUAAGCUCAGUGAAACAAAAUUGUAUACAUAUUAUGCACAUGGUUAAAAGUUUGCUUGUGUUUGUUAUAGUUAAUACUAAUUGUUACUUUUAAUAUAGUCACUGUGUUCAAAAAGGAAUUGCAUGUAUAUAGCAAUAAUUUAAUUUCUAUAAAUUUAAUUAUAAUUUAACGUCAUUUCAUUGGGCCAGCUGGAGGAAUGCGUAUUUGUUCAUUUCUCGAUGAAUGUAAAAAUAAUGUCGGGAAUACCAUAUGUGAUGACGUCACUUUAUAUUGUUAACUUUGUCUUAUUGAGCAUUAUUGUUUAGAACAAAACAAAAUAAUUCAAAACAAAAAUAUAAACUUUUAGUAUUAUUAUUAGUUAGUAUGUUUUAAAUUUAUUGAUAAGGAUUGUCUAUUAUUUCAUUUCUGUUCAUCAGCGUAUGAACAGAAAAAAUCAUUGCAAACUUAUGUGUGAAUGGGGAUAAUUUUAUUUGAUUUAUACCCAGAUAAACGUAAAAGAAAUAGCAGACAAUCCUUAAGUGCAUUAUUAGAACAAAUACUCUUUACUUGUUUAUUUUGUUUUUUUAUCUUCAUUGAAAUGAACAUUUUCAGUUUACUUUUGUGUUUAGAUCGAAUUAAUGUUCAAAUGUGAUGUUCUGUACACAAACAUCAGCUGUUCUUUAAUAAAUGUAAUCAGUGGUGGUUAGUAAGAGAGAAGUCUCUGUAAUGACCUUGCCCUUGUCAUUCAGCUGAUAAUAUCACUGGGUCGGAGUCAGUUCUGGAAUACAAUGUCAGUACCUACCAGCCUUUAUGCUGAUGGUUUAACCACUAGUCUCAAUUCUACAAAAUAUAAUGUAUAUAUAGAUAUAUACUCCUGCUGAUUUUUGUCUAAAAUGUAUUAUGUUCAUUUGUGUAUUGGAAGGGAAGCAGCAUUCCAUUGACUCAUUGUGAUAGGUGUCUUUAUUCAGGUGAUCACACUGGUUUAAACAUGGUUCACACUUCCACUCUUCAGGUGAUCACACUGGUUUAAACAUGGUUCACACCUCCACUCUUCAGGUGAUCACACUGGUUUAAACAUGGUUCAAACCUCCACUCUUCAGUUGAUCACACUGGUUUAAACAUGGUUCACACUUCCACUCUUCAGGUGAUCACACUGGUUUAAACAUGGUUCACACUUCCACUCUUCAGGUGAUCACACUGGUUUAAACAUGGUUCACACUUCCACUCUUCAGGUGAUCACACUGGUUUAAACAUGGUUCACACUUCCACUCUUCAGGUGAUCACACUGGUUUAAACAUGGUUCACACCUCCACUCUUCAGGUGAUCACACUGGUUUAAACAUGGUUCACACCUCCACUCUUAGGUGAGCACACUGGUUUAAACAUGGUUCACACCUCCACUCUUCAGGUGAGCACACUGGUUUAAACAUGGUUCAGACUUCCACUCUUCAGGUGAGCACACUGGUUUAAACAUGGUUCAGACUUCCACUCUUCAGGUGAUCACACUGGUUUAAACAUGGUUCACACCUCCACUCUUCAGGUGAUAUCACUGGUUUAAACAUGGUUCACACCUCCACUCUUCAGGUGAUCACACUGGUUUAAACAUGGUUCAAACCUCCACUCUUCAGUUGAUCACACUGGUUUAAACAUGGUUCACACUUCCACUCUUCAGGUGAUCACACUGGUUUAAACAUGGUUCAGACUUCCACUCUUCAGGUGAUCACACUGGUUUAAACAUGGUUCAGACUUCCACUCUUCUUGGUCUCAUGUUAGUGUUUGUUAAUUGUCUUGCCAUGACUAAAUCAAAAGGUAAGACAUGUACAUAGGUUUUACUUUUCCAUGAGUUGAGAUUGGAAGAGCAGUAGUGUUGAUUCCAUGAUUUAGUCGACAUUACGUGUUUGUUUUUCGACCCAUUUCUCACAAACUACAAGUCCUACAUCAAGGAAACUUGGUUUAUAGUUACAUAUAUGAAUGUUGAUAUCAAUGAAUGUUAAAAAAUGUAAUUAAUUAAAAAUAAUAAAUGUAUUUUUUUUUUUUUGAAAUUGUUUAAUUGUUGUUCUUUUUUUAAUAAACUAGAUUACAAAUUAUUUGUUUUAUAACAUUAAAAUUUAAUUACCGAUAAGUAAUUUUUUAAACAUGCAUAGAGAUGACCAUUGGUGGAUGCCAUUAUCAGUGACACAGAAUAAUUUUAUAGUAGGCAAGACAAUUAACUGCAUGGAAAUUUUGUGACAAUUAUUAUUCCUGUGAUCUCGUCUGAUCUGUAUAUUUGUAGUGUCAGCCGCAAGCUUCUGUCAGUCUCCAUCCUUUUUGUUGUACGUGUUUGUAUUGCAAUAGUGCCUGCCCCAUGGCACUACAUGAGGAUCUCCCCCCCCCCACCCCCGUCCCGAAUAUUACAUUUAUUGGCCUGGAAAAAACAUUGAAAUAAAGUUAUUAUUAAUGCAAGUUACUGUGUAAAUUAUUGUAUAUGAGGUGUUUUCUUUGUUGGUGUGUGUGUCCGGUAACGAUUUUGAAUUUAGCAAUACAUUGUAGGUCUCAUUCGCUUUUUUGCAUUGAUUAUUGUUGACUUUGAUGAUUAAACAACAUGUAUGGUACACAUCAUCAAAUUUAAAAUCAAUAGUCAGUAAUGAAUUAAUCAAUGUGUUCUAUUCUAUGAGCUUUAAACAAAAACAGACUUUACACUGAGCAUUCAGUGAACCAGACUGAACAACCAUUUUGCAGGAUACUUAAUCCUAGUUACCUGAACUAGUACCCCAUCGCUAGUAUAUAAACAAUGUGGUAUAUACUGUCCUGUCUAAUGGAAAGUGCAUAUAAAAGAUCCAGUGAUGCUUUAUUGAUAGAAAUAACAUACUUGCGUCUCUGUCUGUCUCUCUGCCUCUCUCUCUCUCUCUCUCUCUCUCUCUCUCUCUCUCUCUCUCUCUCUCUCUCUCUCUCUCUCUCUCUCUCUCUCCAUCUCCAUCUCCAUCAAAAUACACAGCUGUAGUUUAAAUGUCCUGAGUUGUUAAUGUUCUUUAGUUUCGUCUGCCUAGUUCUUUUAUUGUGUUCGCUUGUGCUGAGUGUGUGUAUGUCAUGAUGAUCCAGUUACUUUGUUCUCGUUUUGUAUAAUUUCUAUAACAUUAGCAUUUUAUAUCUAUACAUUUAUUUUGCAUAAGAAGGCUGUGAUGUCAUAUUUCCCCCCUAAAUAAGUUUGUUGUCUUAAAUUGUUGAUGAUAUUGUUACAUGUUUGUGUGUUGAUAGUGACUCAAGAGUUGUUGCAAUAUGUGGCUAUGUAUGUUUAAAACAGCAUUAAAGGAAUUGAAUUAAA